AUGGUGAGGUCCUCAGCUCUAUAUAAAGCCUGUGCAGCUUCUUAUUACACACAACUGUGCACUGUUUCUGCCAUUCUUCUCAUAACGUGGAAAGUAGACAAGAUAUUGUGCCGUGCACACGCGUCCUGCAGUGCCGGAAAUUUUGCUGAUCGCAAGGGUCCCAUUUACAGCCUGGGAUCGCUUGGACCCAAUGCUAGCUUACAACUGAAAGGCAUACAGAGUACAACCCCCAGAAAAUUUGAAUAUGGAUCACAGUAA